AAAUGAUACGAGGUCUGGGACUCACCGUGACAGAACUGAUGCUCGCGCGAAUGACAGCAAUCAGAUAUGCGGGAAAGAAAGACAAGCCUGCACGUCUCGUGGAAAUGAUGGUUCGCUUUGGAGUUGACUUCCUGACCAUGACGCCCCUGGAAGCCGAACAGACAAAGGGGCUCAGACUGGCCAGCUCUUCCCACUGGGAUCUCGUGAUAGCCUUUGCUCCAGAUGACGGGGAGGACAGCAGUUCGGAUGAACUCUCCGUUGGGUGGGAUAAUGAAGAGGAGCUGGACCCACUUCCCUCCCAAAGAACCCCAGAGUACACUGAAACCGUGACCAGGCACAUAGAAAAUCUGCUGCAGUGCUACGUGUCUGUGCAGACAACGACUCAGGCACUGCAAGUCACAGCUGCGGAAGCGACACCGACACGAAGACCCAGUGGCAGCUCCUGCGUGGUCAGACGAAGAAAGCAGACAACUCCCAGACGUGCCAGGACCGGAGCAUCCCAGGUGUCCGCAGAAGGGCCAGUAGCUGACGAGCAACGACCGAGGGACCAAGAAGCGCGACAGGAAGUACCACCAGACCCCCAGCAGCGUCUGCUAGCACUGCCGGGAAUCAUAGCCACACGCAUACCCAACAGAGAGUCUUUGGACAGGCUGCAAAAGUUCCUGCAAGAAAACCAACCUUGCAACCCACCACAGGUGAACUGAAAUU